UGCGGGUCCCUGAGACCUAGGGCUGCCAGCCGCGCGGGCGGCGGUUGCUGUUUGGCAGGCCUGUCCCAGGAUGGGCGGACGCAGUAGGGGGUGGCUGACGGGGAGUGCGGGCGCCCCGGGCUGCCAGCGAGCGGACUCACUGUCAUAGAUGUCAGAAGCACACGGAUUCACCCCGGAGAGAAAGCCUGAGGUCUUCUGUGGGUUGAAAUGUCUAUGAUUUUAUCUGCCUCUGUCAUUCGUGUCAGGGAUGGACUGCCACUGUCUGCAUCUACUGAUUAUGAACAGAGCACAGGAAUGCAGGAAUGCAGAAAGUACUUUAAAAUGCUCUCAAGGAAACUUGCUCAACUUCCUGAUAGAUGUACACUGAAAACUGGACAUUAUAACAUCAAUUUUAUUAGCUCUCUGGGAGUGAGCUACAUGAUGUUGUGCACUGAAAAUUACCCAAAUGUUCUGGCCUUCUCUUUCCUGGAUGAGCUUCAGAAGGAGUUCAUUACUACUUAUAACAUGAUGAAGACAAAUACUGCUGUCAGACCAUACUGUUUCAUUGAAUUUGAUAACUUCAUUCAGAGGACCAAGCAGCGAUAUAAUAAUCCCAGGUCUCUUUCAACAAAAAUAAAUCUGUCUGACAUGCAGAUGGAAAUCAAGCUGAGGCCCCCUUAUCAAAUCCCAAUGUGUGAACUGGGAUCGGCCAAUGGAGUCACAUCUGCAUUUUCUGCUGACUGUAAAGGUGCUGGUAAGAUUUCUUCUGCCCAUCAGCGACUGGAACCAGCAACUCUGUCAGGGAUUGUGGCAUUUAUCCUCAGUCUUUUAUGUGGAGCUCUGAAUUUAAUUCGAGGCUUUCAUGCCAUAGAAAGCCUCCUGCAGAGUGAUGGUGAAGAUCUCAAUUACAUCAUUGCGUUUUUCCUUGGAACAGCAGCCUGCCUUUACCAGUGUUAUUUACUCGUGUACUACACCAGCUGGCGGAAUGUCAAAUCAUUUUUGACUUUUGGCUUAAUCUGUCUGUGCAACAUGUAUCUCUAUGAACUGCGCAACCUCUGGCAGCUUUUCUUUCAUGUGACUGUGGGAGCAUUUGUUACACUGCAGAUCUGGCUGAGGCAAGCCCAAGGCAAGGCUCCUGACCAUGAUGUCUGACAUCUCCCUUCAGAUGUGUUGCCUGUCUUUGCCUUCAGGGGACAAAGGAGACGACAUAUAUUAACUGCCACUGUGAUGAAGAAACCAGUCGCCACACACGAGAAGCUCUGCUUUCUUUCUCGCCCCAUCUUCCCUUCUUGGUUUUACAAAUUAGCCUGCAUGCCUGUGAGCAUGCAGAACAUGCUAGGAAAACCCUGAGAAGAUCCUGCAGUGGAAUAUCAGGCUUAUCACAGUAGGAGAAGCCCAACAUCACCCGAAGACCUGGCAGUUAACCAGAACCUUGGUGUGGAACAUGCUCUCAGGACCAAGCAGGAACGCUACAACCUGAGUUUGCCUUUGUGAGGCAUUAGUGUAGACCAAUGAAGAAGAUGCUACAAGGGUUGGAAUGUUACGGUCUAAAACAACGACUGUACUAAAUACCAGAUUGUUUGCACAGUUAUAGUACCAAGAGUUUAUGAAGUCCAGAAUGGUGUGAAAUUGGUUCCUUUACUUUUCUGUUUCUGCCGGUGUCUAACUCUGGAAAAAUCACAUGGUGUGGGAGAAGGCUGAGAUGCACAUUUCUAGAUGUGUCACAAAUCCUGACAAUACAGUGACACACGUUUUCUUCCUAGACCAUGUUUGUUGUUUAUUUUGAAAUCACUAAAAAUACAUGAUUCAUUUGACUA